CACACCCUCGCUCCGAGCACACGCUACACUCGCGCCGCGAUACUUUACCGCCGCACUCGUAAAACUUAAACACACUUUGCUCCAAGAAAGUUUGUAAACAAAUAUGACGGCGUGAUACGACCACAAUGUCGUUCUGCAGAAUCACAGGCCGCAGCAGGGGGCUGCCGAAGCCCAAUUAUUUCCCGCUCCUCGCUCCGAUCUCGCCGGCAGAUGCGAAGCGAUGCUGCAGGAUCACCGGCAAGUCGUACGGCUUGCCAUCUCAUCACUACAUUCCAGUGCUCCUCACCGCCAGAUCUUCGAAAACAAAAUGCAAAAUAACCAAUGUAUCAGGAGAACUCGGGCCGCACCACUACGCUCCUGAAAUUAAUUACGGCAACAGGAAACAUGAUUUGCUACCAGACUACAGAUACAUAUUCCCCGUUUUGGAUGGUUCUACCGACGCUCAAAAGGCUUUGAUGGAUAUGCUGCUGACGAAAACGGUAGCCGAGGAUAAGCGCUACGUUUAUACGGUUCAAGAAAGGAGAUGCAGUUUAGUUUUUUCGGCUCAAAUGGAAAUGGCUGUGCGGGACGGAGACGUCAAGGACGUUAUGUUGGCUAAGGACUCGGAUACAGUGUUGAUCAGGAUGAAACAGGGACGCAGUGUUUCUAUGGACUUUAAAGAUUUUACCGAUGACGUAGAAAUGUUUGAAGGAGAAGGACCCAACGCUGAAGUAUUAAAACAAAGGGAAAUGGAAGAGUUAGAGGAGAAAAAGAAGAAAAGGAAACGGGCAGCAGGAUUGUCAUCUAUGAAGAAAAUAUUCGAAAGAAAAGAAAAACUUGCAGAAGUAGAAGAAUUAGAAGAAGAGAAACUUCGUCUAGAAAGGAAAUCAAAAAAAGCAAAGCUAGAAGAAUUCAAACAUGAAAAACAUGAUGUUAAAACGUUUACUGCUAAUAGCUUUGAUGUCAAUCAUAUGAGAUCAAAAUCUAGUAUUGUCAUGUCCAGCGGCGAUUGGAAAGAUCAAAUGCAUCCGCUCAUCGAAUGCUGGGAUUGGGAAAAUUUCGAGAAAGAAGUAAAAGAUGAACAUGUUGUUCCUAAAGCAACUAAAAUGCCCACGCCCGUUAAAAUAACUCCUGUUCACUGUGAAGCUGAAAUAUACGAAGUCGAUCGCAACAUCAGUGACGUGUCAAUACCUUUAGAGAAUGUGCCCUGUGUGAAUCCUUUAAAACCAAUAAAAACUCGCCCGGCUGAAGCAGUGCUGAAUGCUGUCAAACUGCUUUCAGAAGAACGUUUAACGGAGACAGCUGAUGUUACAGAAAAAUUAUGUGAAGAGAAUAAAAUUAACAUGCUACCCACCUUAGAAAAUGUAUCUGAAGUUGUUAAAAAUAUCAAUAAAGGCAAGAGAUCUAAAGUAGCAAAAAUUACGGGACUGUCAUUAGAUAUAAAUAAAGCUAAGAAAUUUAUUCCUGGUCAUCAUGUAAACACGCCCCAGGGUCCCGUGUUUGUACCUGGACAAACGGUGGAUACACCUUCCGGUCCUGUAUUCGUACCAGGUCUCAGUGUGAAUACUCCUACUGGUCCAGGGCUAAUACCAGGCCAUAUUGUAACAAACGAAAACACAAACGAACCAUUUUUCCUUGCUGGACAAGUGCUGGAAACAGCCCACGGUGAAGAGUUUGUUUGUGGACAAACAAUCAAAAACAAAGAUGAUUCAUUCCGUUUCGUUGAAGGCCAAACGGUUAUAUCUGAAGAAGGUCUAAAGUUCGUUCCUGGAAAAAUAGUAAACAAUGGAGCGGAAGAAAUGUUCGUACCGGGGCAAGCAAUAAUGACCCCUGAAGGAGUACAAUUUGUUCCUGGUCAAACAAUAACGGAAAGUAAUGGAAUCCUUUUUACGCCUGGACAAAAUGCUAAGAUAAACAAUGAAUGGCAAUUUGUUCCGGGUCAAGUAGUUCAUCAAGAUAAUGAAGCACAUUUCGUACCCGGUGCUACUAUAGCUACUCCAAAUGGCUUAAAGUUUGUGCCCGGUCAGACUGUAGCUAUCGAAGGAGAAACCUGCUUCGUCCCAGGCAUCACCCGUACUUCAAGCAGUAACAACCUGGAAUUUGUUCCUGGAACUACAGUGGAGACCAUUGACGGCCCAAAAUUCCUUGAAGGGCAAAUCGUACAUACAGAUAUAGGAGAAAAAUUCUUGCCAGGAAAAACAAUCGUACAAGGAAAUGGAUCCGUCGAUUUUUCCGUAGCAAAGUCAAUUGAAGAUAUUUCUUUCUCCGAUAGCGCACCAGUUGGUCUACCCAUCGACAUCAGAACGAGUUCAAUAUCUGAGGAAUCUUUAUACGUGUUUGGACAUAUGGUGCAAACAGCUAAAGGUAUUGAAUUUUAUCCUGGGCCCAGGGUCCCUAAACUUGAAGGAAAGGUAGUCCCAGGAAGACUUGUUAAAAAUGAAGCUAAUGAAUCACGUUUUGUGCCAGGAAUGAUAGUAGAAGGAAUUUUUGUUCCUGGUCAAAUCGUCUUUACUGAAAAUGGAGAGCAAUUUGUUCCAGGCCAAGUUGUUGACACUGCAGACGGUCCUAAAUUUGUCCCUGGUCAAGUAGUAAAUACCAAAAGUGGACCAAAAUUUGUACCUGGUCAAACUAUUCAUACUAUUGAUGGUCCUCGAUUUGUACCCGGACAAAUCAUCGAAACGAAAGCCGGUCCUACUUUUAUUCCCGGUCAGAUUAUACACACUGAUGAUGAAGGUUCUAGAUUCGUCCCUGGCCAAGUCGUUGAUACAGAAGAAGGACCUCGUUUUGUACCCGGCAGAGUUAUUGAAACAGACGACAAUGGUGUGACAUUUGUCCCUGGACAAAUCGUUCAAACUCCUGAAGGAUUAAAGUUUGUUGCCCCUGAUCUUACAGAAGGUGACGAAGGCCUUGAAUUUUCUGUACAAAGCUUUGUAGUUACUCCCGAAGAACUAAAAUUAUUAAAAGUAAAAACAAACCCAAACGACACUUCUUCUGCCAAAGGUGAACUAACAAUCGAUACAAAUAUGUUAAGACAACUAUCUGAAGCAGGCAUGUCCAUUGGCAGGCAGGUGCCUGCUGAAUUGCCAGCAAUUAAUGUGGUUUUAAAUGAAACUAGAAAUGCAGAAGCACUUAAAGCAUUUGUCACAGACUUUGGUUUGAAAGACGAUGUUGCAAACCAAUUAAUGGAAGUAAUUAAAUCAAUUAUAGAAAUGAGUGCUCACUUAAAAUCUGAAUUCCACGAAAGUAAUAGUGACGGCACUAAGAGCGAAGGAUCCACAGUGGAAAUGAAGAAAGUGAGGCCUAGCAAGAAACGGUUAGAAGCCACAGAAAAUGCAGGGUGUAGUGAUGGUAACGGUCAAUCUGCCCACCAGGAACAUGUGAAGAACUCUAUUGCUGCUGCCGUGCUUGCCGCUCUCGUCACAGCUGAGCAAUUUGAAGAUCUUAACAACAACAAUAGCAAGGAAAAAUAUCAGUUAAUUUUAAAAUCUAUCGACACUAUACUGGGUAAAGCUAUUGAUGAAGAUUUCGUAUCGGCUAUGUACCAAAUUCUCCAAAAAGAGGACGAAAAGGAGCUUCUUUGUGAAGAAAUCUAUGAGAACUCAUCUCAACCUAAAUUAGAAUUAAUCAAAAUUGCUGUGAACAGCUCUUUAACAAAACAUUCCUUAACCGAAGAAGACAUCAUAGAAAAAUUCGGUGACUUUUUAACUAGUGAAAAUGAAAUUCUGGGACCUGCUUUCAAAAAUAUUGCUAAAACUGAUUCGAAACUACUAAACCAAGUUUUAGGACACAUCUCCGAUGCCAUUUCUUUCAUCAAAACAGACCAUGAGGCUACAGAAACACUGCAGAAAGCUAUUGUCUCCGCUGUGCAAGAGUCAAGUGCUAAGGAACUAGAUAUUAUAUUGCAAGAAAGUAAUGAAAAGGACCUAAAAGAGCUACUUGUUCAGUCUGUUGGUCUUGCCAGAAUCCUUGGAAUGAGAGAUGUUGCCACAAAAUUGCUUAAAAUGAUGAACGAUGAAGAAAGUUUAACCACAAUAGCUAAUGACCCAACCAGUGUCAGUAUUUUGAAAAGGCUGACAGUUAUGAGAAAACUGGCAGAUAAACAACCAAAUCUACAUUCGGCUCUCAAAAAGUUGGAAACCGAACCUGAACUAGCUCGAACGGAUCCCAACUUAAGGGAUCUAGUGCGAGAAAGUGCUGCUCUUAUGAUUAUUCCAGAAGAGCCCCCCUUGAUGACGUCAGAAGACGUCCCGCUUAGCUUACUCGACCCUGAAAAUAGUCUCGCAAUGGAAGAUUUCCUGUUUCAACGCAAGAGUCAUCGCGGCGCCUUGUUGAUUAUGAAGAAAGGUCUUCAAGCUGUUGUGCCACGUGAAGCAAGCCGCGCUGUGUUGACCGGACAAGUUGCGUAUACUGUCCUUGACGAAAGUGGCAUCAGUCAUUUCAAGCCAAUGCAUGUAUUUUCGGCGCUAAACUUAAGCGAACCGAGCGCACAUCGCUUCAGCAUGUACAGCUGUCCUAUUGUGGAUGACAACGAUGAAGAUUUGAGUUCGCUAACUGGAUACUGCAACAUCAGCAACAGCCAGAUAACAAGGAUCGGCGGUUGGGGCCGACGGUACAGCGGGGUGUUGUUAGACAGAGAGAACACUAGGCGCAGACUGAGUAGUCUCGACCACACGCCAAGUUACAUGCGAUACCCGUCCCGAUCCUCCACGAGAUCUAGGUCAAGUUGUAGCCGAAGUCCUCCUAAGGUGGAGGACGUGGUAGUGGCGACGUCGGACUACACGGCGGCUGCAGACGACGAGGUUUCCCUCAGAGCCGGAGAUAUCGUCGAGGUUCUCGACACCAAAACCGCUCUCGGAGCCAAGAAACCUCGGCUGACUCCGGAGGUGGACCCCGCGCUGGAUGUGGAAGCGGUACUCCUCGAUACGACGGCAGCCAAGCACAAGCGAGCUGUUAGGCCGAAGAAAAACCACCCGAGGAGUAAAGGAGGGGCCAAGACUGAGAGUACAGAGAGAUGGCUGGUCCGUGUGGUAGAGGACGUGGAGGCAGGGGAGCUGAAGACGCGGCAGGGCUGGGUGCCGGCCAACGUGCUAGCUGCUGAAAAGUCUGCUGAGGGUGACCAGACAGCCUUGGCUGCAAGAAGACAAGCCGUGGUGCGCGAGCUGAUCGAGACGGAGGAGGAGUUCGGCCGCGACAUGCAGCAGGUGGUGUCACGCUACAUGAAGCCCAUGGACAAGGCCACCACGCCCAAGCCGGUGUUCGACAACAGGGAGCUGCUCUUCAACAACUUCAAGCAGAUCGCCGAGUUCCAUAAAACGGCGCUACUAGAAGGUAUCAAGUACUACGCGGGCGAACCUCGCAUGCUGGGCCGCGCACUCCUGCGCAUGGAGCGUGAGUUUGACAAGCACGUUGCCUACUGCCGCGACGAGCCGCGUGCGCAGCACCUGCUGGCCUACGAACCCACUGUGCGGGCUUACUUCCAGGCUCUAGCAGACAAACUAGGUGACGACAAAGGUUUGACCGAGCAUCUCAAACUUCCUAUACAAAGGAUCAACGACUACCAACUAUUACUAAAGGAACUUGUCAAAUACUCGAAACGCCUCGGCGAAGAUUGCACCGACCUUCAGAAAGCUCUAGAACUCUUCCUUGGAGUACCCAAUCGAGCCACAGACAACAAAUUCAUCGCUAGCAUCGAAGGAUAUAGGGGGAAUAUAUACAAACUUGGCAGACUACUAACCCACGAUUGGUUUACUGUGACUGAUAGUGAAGGCAAAUCCAGAGAGAGAUAUCUGUUCCUCUUUAAAGCCAGAAUCUUGGUUUGCAAGGUCAAAAGGGUCUCAGAAGACAGAUCUGUCUUCGUCCUUAAGGAUAUCAUCAAGUUACCCGAAGCGGAGGUUAAAGACCAUCCCAGCGAUCAUUUCAAGUUUGAGCUUAUCCACAAAAGCACCGGGUAUUCCGUCACCCUAACUGCUCAUAAAGAGCCCGUAAAAGCGGCUUGGUUAUCUGAGAUCAGACAACACGCCUCUGACCUUGUUGCUUUAGCGGAGCACGCAGCUGACGAUCUCCAAGUCUUACCACCACCAGAAGUAACAUCUCCUGAGCCUGAAGAGAAAAAGAAACGACCACACGAAGAGCCCGCUGAAGCCGUUGAAAAACGAACCAAAGUCGAAGACGCUCAAGUAACACAGGUUACCAAAGAGGAGACUCACGUUACAGCUAAGAGAAAAGCUUCAAUUGAAAGUGAGGUAGCUUCCAAAGUCUCCAAAUCAGAAGUCAAAGAAGUCACCGAAGUUAAGACAGUUAGGAGCGAAGUCACAGCUGAUUUAGAAAGUAAAUCGUCUGUGACCGCUAGUGCUAAAGUCAGUGAGACAACAGCGUCUAAACAAGAGACAGUCACUGCUUCUGCCGAGAAAACAGAAGCUAAAACCACAAAAACUUCUGCAAAAGUUGAAGAGAAAUCUUCAGCCCAAAAAACAUCUGCUGAAGUGAAGCAAACAGCUCAGGCUGCUUCUGUAGAAUCCACUGUUGAGGAAAAAGCAUCAUCAGUCUAUCAAACUUCACAAAGAGCUGAAGAAGUAUCAUCUGAAAAAACAUCUCAAGAAUCUAAAAAAGAGUCUACAGAGCAGAAAACUGCUCAAAAAUUGGGAAAGAAAUCAUCAACAGUAGAAGAAUCUACAAAACAAACUUCAGAACAAGUUGAAUCUAUUCAACGAAAAUCAUCAAUUACCAAACAGUCAACAAGUGAAACAUUUGAAAGUUUUGAAGUUACAGAAACAUUACAAAAAUCCGUUGAACAGAAAACUGGAGGAGUAACGCGACAACAGCAAUUACAAAGAGCUGUUGAUGCAGACAUAGUAUUAACUAGAGAAGAAUCGCUAGCGACAAUAAAAGCUAACAGAAAGGCCUCUUUAGAAGGAAGGUCUGCAAGAACAGUACAAGAAAGUAGUGAAGUUUCUAAGUCAGAAGUAAGGGAAGAGAAAACAGCUGUUUCAGAAUCAGAAGUAAAGAAAGAGACAACUACUACUUCUGAAGCUGAAGUAAAGAGUUCCGUCGAAGUCAGCUCUGCUGGCGAAGAUAAGGAGAAGUUAAUCGCCAACGGGCAAGCUGUAACUGCGGAGGAAACUGGUGACGAGAUGUCGCGGUACAGCCGCACUUCGCGGCUCUCUGGAGAAUACUCCAGUAGCACGAGUAAUAGCCGUCGCUACGAGUCAACAUCAGGAUAUGAGAGUUCCGGUCUCUCGUCUUAUGCACGACGUGAGAGCGGGUCCCGUCUAGAGAGCAGUCGCUACGAAACCAGUGGCACCUUAGAGGGCUCAGCUGCUUCUCGCAUCGAAUCUAGAUAUAGCUCAAAGCUUGAAGGAGGCUCCAAAUACGGCGCCGAAGCAAGCUACGAGUCCGAAACUACCAGCAAAUUAGACAGCAUCGCGUCUAAAUACGGAAUUGGUCUCGAUUCAACUGAAACUACUAGCAAGCGAGACAGCAUCGCUUCUAAGUACGGCAUCGGUAUCGAAUCAAAUGAAACUACAAGUAAACUUGAUUCCAUUGCUCAGAAAUAUGGCAGGGAGUCGAGUUAUGAGAGCAGCGCUAAGAUCGAAGGACGCAGCUCGAAGUACGCCGUCGACUAUGAUAACAACAUCAUCGAAGGUGUAUCAACUAAGGCUGAAGCCAGCUACGAAAGCAAGAACGGAGUAUCUUCCGUUGAAAGCAAAUUCUCCUCAUCUGCCAUCGCCAAUGGUUCUGUGACAAGAGAAGCUGAAUCUACUAAGUCAAUCUUUAAAUCUGAAUCGUCUGAUGGCAAGCCUGUCUUCACGAAGACCUUGGAAGGCCAGAACAUCGAGCCGGGUGAGAAUGCGACCUUCGAAUGCUCGCUGCGUGAAUCCACCGCCACGAAGGUCACUUGGCUAAAGGACAACAAGCCUUUAACGGAUAAACUGAUGGACCGCGUCAACAUCCAGUCCAAGGAAGACGGGAGGAACAAACUGGAGAUCAUGCACUGCAGGGAGGACGAUUCUGGCAUAUACACGGCCCGUGCUGAGAAUAUCAAGGGCAACACCCAUUGCACUGCUCAGUUAGUCGUCCACGAGCUUACCCCAGAGGAGCGCAAAGCUAAGAACGCGUUGAAUGCGCCUUACUUCCUGGUAGCUCUCAAGCACACUGAAAUCCUGCUGAACACCUAUCUGCGCUUCAUGGUCAAAGUGAAGGGCGACCCCAACCCUGAGGUCAAAUUCUACCGCAACGGCAAGGAGAUCAAGACGACAUCAGAAUCCGACCGCAUCUCCAUAGUGCGCACGCGCGCAGACAAGGGCUGCUACGAGUUGGUGAUCGCUGACGUGUGUCACGAUGACGCUGGGACGUAUUCCUGUAAGGCCUCCAACAUCUACGGUGACGUGGAGUCUGAAGCCGUGGUUACUGUUGUUGAUGACAAGAACAUCUUCUUCGAGCUGCCUCCUGGCGGUGAGGGCCUACUUGCCAAGGGAGAGAAACCCACUUUCACUUGGAAGCGGGAUGGAGAACCCUUCGAUCCAGAGGAGAGAUUCAAGGUGCUGCUAGGAGACGACGAGGAUUCCCUCGCGCUGGUGUUCCAGCACGUGAAGCCGGAAGACGCUGGCAUGUACACCUGUGUCGCCAAAACCUCGACUGGAAACAUCUCCUGCUCGGCUGAACUCACCGUGCAAGGCGCAGUCCACGAACUCCACCGCGAGCCAGAGAAGCCAACCUUGGUGAUCGAGCACCGAGAGGCCAUCGUCUCCGCUGGAGCCUCCGCCAUGCUGGAACUGCAGUGCAAGGGCUUCCCGAAGCCCAGCAUCGUGUUCAAACACGACGGGAAAAUCAUCGAGGCUGACACUAGGCACAAGUUCCUCCACGAAGACGACGAGAGCAUGUCCCUAGUAAUCAAGAACGUAACGAGCGCAGACGCCGGCGAGUACCUCGUGACGGCUUCCAACGACCUGGGCGAAGACUCCUCCACCAUGACGCUCAUCAUCAAACAGGCUCCCAAGAUCAAGAAGAAGAUCGAGAAUCAGUCUUGCAUGGUGAGUGCUACUCACACGGUGACUGUGGAAAUCGAGGGCACCCCGGCUCCUGAGGUUGAGUUCUACAAGGACGGCGUCUUGAUCAAGAGCUCCGAGCGUAUUCAGAUCGUCAAGGAAAGCGACUCGGUUUAUAAGAUCAUCAUCAAGGAUGCCAAGCUCACCGAUUCUGGGUCUUACUCCGUUGUUGUCAAGAAUGAAGUGAACCAAUGCUCGGACUUCUGGCAAUGGCACGUGACGUCACCGCCCAAGAUCACCAAGAAGCUGGGUGAAGACAAGGUGUGCGAGGAGAAGGAAACCGUCAGCUUCAAGGUGGAAGUGGAGGCUGAACCCGCGCCCACUGUUACAUGGUUCAAGAACAAGACAGAGCUGGUGGAGUCGUCGACUGUGAAGAUCUCGUCGUCAGGGGAGGCGCACUCCCUGGUCAUCUCCUCCGCAGCCCGCGCCGACACUGGAGAAUACUCCUGCGAGAUCCGCAACACCCACGGCACCGCUACGGACUCGUGCAAGCUGAACGUGCGUAGUGGACCGCUCUUCACUCAGAAAUUGAAAGACACCACCGCUGCUGAAGGCGACGUUAAUGUUGAGUUCACCGUCGCUGUUGAGGCCUUCCCUGAGCCCACCAUCAAAUGGUACCUCGGCGACAUGGAGAUCACGGAGAAGAAGUCGGUGUUCACACGCGUAGACACCGGCAACACUCACAAGCUGAUCCUCAAGGAAGUCUCUGCCGAGUACUCUGGAAAGUACUCCUGCAAGGUCUCCAACGAUUUGGGAUCCGACUCCUGCGAGGCCACCUUCACAGUCAACAGGAAACCUCGCUUCACCAAGAGUCUGGUGGACAUGACAGUAGAUGAAGGACAGACCCUCAAGCUGGAGGUGGAAGUGGAAGGCUGCCCCGAGCCCAAACUCAAAUGGUACAAGGACGGCCGGGAGGUCACUCUCGAUGCCAGGAUAAAGAUAGAGAGGGACUCUCAGAGACUAGAAAACUAUCACCUGACGGUAAACCUGGUGAAGGAGGAAGACGGCGGCGAGUACGAGGUGCGUGCGUCCAACGAGAUGGGCAGCGUGUCCACGAAGAGCACCGUCACUGUACACACCAAAGAAGUACUUUCGACUCUCAAAAAGGAAGCGCUUAUCGAAAAUGAACUCGACGACGAAAGUAAAUCGACACAAAAGGUCAUAGAAGAGGAGGUGGACAGCGGGAAGAAACAAAAAGCAAAUAAAGGAAAGACAAAAGCGGAGACCGCGGAAGAAAAAUCUAUCUGGGACGAUGUGGAUGAUGAUGGGAAGACAAAGAAACCUAUAGUUGAAGAAGUAGAUACUCCAACUCCAGGCAAAGGCAGAAAAUCUAUCACCGAACCAGAAACAGCUGAAGAAAAAUCUAUCUGGGAUGAUGUGGAUGAUGAUGAGAAGACAAAGAAACCGAUAGUUGAAGAAGUAGACGCUCCAACUCCAGGCAAAGGCAGAAAAUCUAUCACCGAACCAGAAACAGCUGAAGAAAAAUCUAUCUGGGAUGAUGUGGACGACGAUGGAAAGACGAAGAAGCCAAAAAUUGAAGAAGUGGAGACUCCAGCUGCGAGAAAAGGAAGAAAAUCUAUUACUGAACCAGAGGUAGCUGAAGAAAAAUCAUUUUGGGAUGACGCCAAUGAAAAUGAAAGCAACAAGCAACCUAUAAUUGAAGAAGUCGACGAUGAAAAUCAAACUGCGAAAAAGGGUGUUACCAAACCGGAGAUCAUCGAAGAAGUCCCAAUUGAUGAAGACUUGAAGAGUCCUAAACGUAAAUCAGUUAAGAAAAAAUCCCUUGAAGAACCAUUAAGUGCUGAAACCGAAGACCGAGUUUUCGAAACUGUAACCACGUUCAAGACGGCUGCCGACGGAUCUAUUGUAGUAUCUAAAGUCAGCAGCAGCAAGUCUCAUGGCGCCAUUAUAACAGGUCCAGCCGAAACGCGCACUUUACACAAAAUGACUUCAAAAGUUUAUUACGAUGACGAUGACGAAUAUGGGGCCAGAAAGAUUAUUCAACCAAAUCAACCUCAUACCACUUCAUUACAAGUAGAAGAAAUAGCUAGCCACAGCUACAUAUUAAGUGAAAUGGGGAAUUUUUCUGUACCGGAACAUAUUAGAAGAGGUACAUAUGGUAUCAUUGAAGAGCCUGCGACUGAUUCCGAAGCUGAGGGCAGCUUUAGAUGUGGCCGACAACAGUCAAAUAGAACAAUUUCAAUAAUGUCUGUGUCCGAAGAUGAAAGUAGCUGGCACAAUGAGCCACUUUCGCGAGACAUUUCAAUAGAAGAUCUAUCAAAAUCUAUCUUUGAUUUAGACGAUACCAGAAAAGUAUUUAGUAGAGAUUCAUACGUACGCCAAACGUCAUUUAAAGAAGAUUAUUACAGAGAAAAGGGGGAGGAAGAGUCGUUCAUCCUAAAAGAGAAAUCGGAAAAGGUUUUCGAAAACGACAUCACUGAAAAACUUAUUCACAUAUCGAAAGAAUUCGACGAAAACGAGUUCAAAGCUGCGAAAAGCAAAAUCGAUGAUGUAAAGAAUAGAAUAUUAGAAGAAUUUGUUCUCAGUCCAAUGAAAGACUUUGACAAUAUAACAAAGAAUUUAACACAAACGACAGUAGAACGAACGAGAAAGCUUAAUGGCAAACUGUUUAGUGUGGAAGAAGAAGAGGACGACGACAUAGAAGCAUUGUUGAGACGUAGUCAAAGACAAAGGAGCAUUCUAGAUGAGAUACUUACUGAGGAAACCGAAAAAGCACCCCCCACAAUAAAAGAAAGCAGCAUGAAGGACGGUCACAUCUACGAAUCUCUGCCGCUCGUCUACACAGUUCAGGCCAUUGGAGCUCCUAAGCCAACCGUCAGAUGGCUGCAUAACGGCAAAGAAGUCAAACCUAGCAACCGAAUCCACGUCACCGCUGAAGGGGAUGUCUACAAACUCGCUAUUGAUUCCGUCGAGAUGACUGACAAGGGUAAAUGGCAAUGCGAGAUCACCAACGAUCUGGGCAAGAAGGUCCAGAAUGCUGAGCUUACUGUUACUUCUGUAAGCGAGUUCCGCAAGCCAAUCUUCACGAGCCCCCUCCAAGCCACAAGCGUGAUGCAAAGGGAGCCAGUCACCAUGAAAGCUGUCUGCACAGCGGACCCUCAACCACAUGUUGCCUGGUUGCUCAACGGAGUCGAGUUGACUCCUGACGCCACUGUCCAAAUGUCGGCUGAUACUAAGGACAUCGAGCACGGGCUUAAAGAGUGCACGUUUACUCUGAACAUUCCUACUGGUCGCCACACAGACACUGGUAUUUACACAAUCCAAGCGAAGAACCAGUACGGCGUGGGCGAGAGUUCAGCUCGUCUGGACAUCCUGCUGCGGCCCGAGAUCGAAGGCCUGAAAGACGUCAACGCCACGCCUUACGAGGAGACCACCUUCGUUGCUAACGUCCGCGCUAAUCCUAUUGCUGAGGUUCAAUGGAGCAAGGACGGCUACGUAAUUCAGCCAUCAUCGCAGUAUGAUAUCACCAUAGACGAGGCGGAAGGCAAAUAUUCGCUGAAGGUGCGCAACAUUGGCGUGGGCGACGCUGGAGUCUACACUGUUACCGCCAAGAACGAGCAUGGCGAGACCGCGCAGCAGGCGAGACUCAGCGUGCAUACUGACGAGCCAGUGUUCACGAAGCCUCUUCAGAAGCAGACAGUCAAAGAUUACGACGACGCAUCUCUCUCGGUCCGUUGCGACGGUGUGCCCAAGCCGCAAGUGCACUGGUACAAAGAUGGUGAAGAGAUCACCAAUGAUGACCGUCACACUGUCACCACUGAAGUCGGUGGACAGGUGGACAGCAGUCUGGAGAUCAAGCACUUCAAUGCUAGUGAUUCUGGCAAGUACAAAGUACGCGCGGUGAGUCUAAGCGGUGAGGCGGUGUGUGAAGCACCCAUCACGCUAGCGCAGACUUCGCCAGGGUUCACACACAAACUGGACAGGCAGCGAGAUGUCGAUGAAGGAGAACCAUUGGAAUUGAAGUGCAAGGUUGAUGGCAGCCCUAUGCCUACUGCUAAAUGGUACAAGGAUGGCGUAGAACUAUCCCCCUCGGACCCGCACGUGGUUCAGACGGCUCUGCCGGACGGCACGAUCAAGCUGAACAUCGCGCAAGUGACGCCUGCAGACUGCGGAGCGUACAAACUCGUCAUCUCCAACCCUAACGGCGACAACUCCGCGCUUUGUGCUGUUGCUGUUAACCCCACUCCAAGGAAGCCAUCUUUCAGCCAGGAGUUGGAAGACACGAAGGCAAUGGUUGGGCAGCCGUUGAAGCUGGAAGCUAAAGUCAUGGCCUUCCCCGCGCCAGAGAUCAAGUGGUACAAGGAUGGUCUGCCAAUCCGUCCGUCUCAAGCAGUGAACUUCAUCAACCAGCCUGGCGGUAUCAUUGGCCUGUCUAUCGAUAGCUGCAAACCUGAAGAUGCCGGAGUAUACUCUCUCACCGUCACCAACAAGCUCGGAGAGAUUGCUUCUAAGGCCACAGUCGAGGUCGGCCAGAAAGAACGCAAGCCUGCGUUCAUUGCUGAACUUAUGCCCACGAAGGUCAUCGAAGGGUUCCCUGUUAAGUUGGAAGUUAAGGUGCUUGGACAUCCUCAGCCUAAGAUCAAGUGGACCCACAACGGCAGGGAGAUCGUCCCUGAUGGCGACCGCAUCAAGGUAGUGUCGCUCCCUGACGGCACGCACUCGCUUCUCAUAGACAAGGCUACUCCAGAAGACGCCGGCACCUACGGCGUCGUCGCCGUCAACGAUAAAGGAGAGAGUGGUUGCACCGCCGAUCUUACUGUUGCUAGCCGCGCAGACGACUCGGUCCCCCAAGAGCGACCACAAUUCAUCCACGGUCUGCGCGACCUCACGGCUGAGGAAGGCCAACCUCUCUCCGUGUCCGCUCCGUUCGUCGGUAACCCAGUUCCAGAGGUCGAGUGGACCAAAGAUGGGCAGCCGCUCAAGCCUAGCGAGAGGAUCCUGCUUACUUGCGAUGGCAAAAGGGUGGGCCUAGAAAUCAAUCCAGUGGACCUGCCGGAUGCGGGCGUCUACUCCGUGAAGCUGGUCAACCCGCUGGGCGAGGACUCCACUGAAGGCAAGAUCAACGUGCGUAAGGUCUACUCUGCGCCCGUCUUCACGCAGAAGUUCUCAGAUCUUCAACAGCUGCCAACAUUCGACGCGAACUUCCCAGCGCGCGUCCACGGCGUGCCCACACCGGAUAUAACCUGGUACAAGAACGGCGAACCCCUGAGACAUUCGGAGAAGUACAACAUCAAGCGUGAUGGAGAUGCCUGCUGCCUCUACGUUCGGAAUCUGAAGCCAGAAGACGCGGGCACGUACAAGUGUGUCGCUAAGAAUAGAGAGGGUGAGGCCUCGUGCGAAGCUGCUCUCGAAGUCGUUGAUAAAAUCGGUAAGAGACAGAAGAUGGAGCCACCAGAGUUCCUGAAGAAGAUCGGUGACAUCGAAGUACUUCGCGGCAUGAGCGCCAAGUUCACCGCCUGCGCCACCGGCACGCCCGAACCUGAUGUAGAAUGGUACCGCAACGACGAGCGCCUGUUCCCAUGCGAGCGCAUUCGCAUGGAUAAGGAGACCACGGGCUUGCUGCGGCUGACCAUCAGCCAAGUGGACCCCACCGACGUCGGCUCCUACCGCUGCCGAAUCUACAACCCGCACGGAGAGGACUCCUGCACCGCGCAGCUCACUUACGAUACCCUUGAACCUCAAGUACAGAAGCGUCCGAUCGGCGAUCAGUACUCCGACUUCGACAAAAUGAAGAAGACUGGCAUCCCCAUGCCUCUGGCUGACAGACCCAUCAUCUCGCGUAUGGCUGAUCGACACCUCACGCUCUCGUGGAAGCCUUCCAUCCCACACGGACCAAGAUUCCCUGUUACUUAUCAGGUGGAAAUGUGCGAGGUCCCCGACGGUGACUGGUUCACAGCGCGCACGGGGCUACGCUCGUGCGUCUGCGACAUCCGCAACCUCGAGCCUUUCCGCGACUACAAGUUCCGCAUCCGCGUCGAAAACAAAUACGGCGUCAGCGACCCCUCGCCCUUCGCAAUCACGCACCGCUCCAAACUGGAACCAGAUCCUCCUAAGUUCAUCCCUUACCUCGAACCCGGCAUCGACUUCCGACCAGAAACAUCCCCAUAUUUCCCUAAAGACUUUGACAUUGAACGCCCGCCUCACGAUGGAUACGCCCAAGCGCCGAAGUUCCUCCGCCAAGAGUACGACUCCCAGUAUGGCGUGAAGGGACACAAUGUGAACCUGUUCUGGUUCGUGUACGGAUACCCCAAGCCGAAGAUGACGUACUUCUUCAACGAUGAGCCUAUAGAGAUUGGAGGCCGCUACGACUGGAGCUAUACCAGAAAUGGUCAAGCAACACUGUUCAUUAACAAGAUGAUGGACCGCGACGCGGGUUGGUACGAAGCCGUCGCCACCAACGAGCACGGGCAAGCUCGCCAGCGCGUGAGACUGGAAGUAGCUGAGUACCCCGCCUUCAUCCGCCGCCCUGAGGAGACGGUCGUGCUACAACGUCACACCGCACGGAUGGAGGCACGCGUCACUGGAGUACCAUACCCGGACAUCAAGUGGUACAAAGACUGGAAACCGCUCACGCCUAGUGCUAGGAUCAAGAUCCAGUUCGUGGAGCCAGACACGACGAUUCUGAUCAUCAACGAUACAAUCCUCAAGGACGAGGGUUUAUACUCCGUCUCGGCGAGGAACGUAGCCGGUGCAGUCAGCUCGUCAGCCAUGCUACAUGUCGAGGAGAGCGAGCAUGAAUACUCUGACAGGAUCCGUGAGCAUCCGCCCCGCGUGAAAGCCAGCACGAAGCCGUUUGGAGACUUCUACGACCUCGGCGACGAGCUGGGCCGCGGCGUGCAGGGCGUCGUCUACCACGCCGCUGAGAGGCUCACUGGCCGCAACUACGCCGCGAAAAUCAUGCACGGCCACUCAGCUCUCAAACCCUUCAUGAAGAACGAGUUAGACAUCAUGAACAUGCUCAACGACCGUCACUUAAUCCGUCUCCACGACGCAUACGAGCACGAGCACACUGUGGCGCUGGUGACGGAGCUGGCUUCAGGUGGAGAGUUGGUCAGGGAUCGCCUGUUGAGGAGUCAGGGGUACAGUGAGAGGGAGAUAGCCGGGUACAUCCGCCAGCUGCUGCGAGGACUCAAGUACAUGCAUGACAACAGCGUCGCGCAUCUUGGACUGACCAUCGGUGAGCUCCUCCUAGCACACGCAGGCAGCGACGAGCUAAAGAUCUGCGACUUCGGCCUCUCCCGCCGCAUCCAGUUCAACAAGCACGCUGCCCUCGACUACGGCAUGCCAGAGUUCGUCGCCCCUGAGGUCGCCUCCGGGGAAGGCGUCUCCUUCGGCGCAGACAUGUGGAGCGUCGGCAUCAUCACCUACAUCCUACUCUCAGGGCACUCGCCCUUCCGCGGCCUGAACGACAGAGAGACCUUAACCAAAAUCCGUGAAGGCAAAUGGGAGUGGCAUGAUGAAGAAUGGUGGUCACGAUUGAGCACUGAAUGUAGAGACUUUAUCUCCAAAUUGUUGAUCUUCAACUGGCAUGAGCGUAUGGAUGUGUCCUCGGCUCUGUCCCAUCCCUGGUUGAAUCUGGCUGAUAAAAUCUAUCAGGAUGAAUAUCUGAUCACUACAGAUCGGUUGAGGAACUAUUACAACUUGUACAGGGAUUGGACAAGUAAUGCUCAAUGCCGCAACUGGUUCCGCCGCCGCCCGCUCAGCGGCGCCUUCGAGCACCCCUCCAAGAUGGUCUACCCGCCCGGAGAAGUCUACACACCUGAAGGCACUCCGGACCGCAGUUCACACGAGCGCAAAGCAGGCCCGUGGGACCUCAAGUUCAAGCAGUGGGAGCACCCAGACUGGGAGGUAUCCGCCAAGUCUGAGAGCCAUUACCAGAACGGCCCGGACACAUACCUGCUGCAACUCCGCGACACCAACUUCCCGGUGCGGCUGCGCGAGUACAUGAAGGUGGCCUGCCACCGCUCGCCCGCGUACAACAUCUCCGUCAAGGACGUGUACGAUCCCAGGACGCCGAUCAUCCACGAGCGCCGACGCUUCACGGACAUAAUGGACGAGGAGAUCGACGACGAGCGCCGCGACCGCAUCAACCAGUACGGCACCGAGAGCUACACCAUCCGGCGCCUGCGGCACGAGCUCGGCACGCGGCUCGACAGCUACGCGGAGGCGCAGGCCAUCAUGGAGUCCAAGAAAGACGGACAAAUACCCUUCCUCAGAGAGAAGCCUCAACUUCUCCCAAUCAGGGAGGGAGAGCCUGCCCAACUGUCCUGCUUCGCCGUCGGCGACCCCAGACCCUCCAUCCAGUGGUUCAAGAACGACAUGGUCAUCGCCGAGGGCCAACGCAUCAAGAUCAUCGAGGACGACGAGGGCCGCUCCACACUCAAGUUCGAGUCGGCGAUGCACCACGACAUCGGCUUCUACAAGGUGGUCGCGCGCAACAAGGUCGGGCAGACCGUCGCGCGCACCCGCGUAGUAGAAGCUACCAACCCAGAUGCCCCAGACAGUCCUACAGCCGCUGAAGUCUCCGACACUGAAGUCCUCUUGCGAUGGAAGCAACCGAAAUACGACGGCAACUCGCCCGUCAUCUGCUACAGCCUGCAGUACAAAGAAGGCGACGCCCUCGAGUGGAAGGACGUUGCCAACAACAUUGACCACGAGUUCUUUGUCGUGCGGGAACUCAAGCCCGACACUAGCUACCAGUUCCGCCUGUCCUCCCGCAACAGGAUCGGCUGGAGCGAUAAGGGUAUUCCGACUCACCUGAUCAAGACUAAAGACAGCGGCGCGCCUAAGAUUGAGGUCACCAAAGCGAUGAGACAUCUGCAAAUGAUCACUGAAUCUGGUCAAGAAGUGCACCUUGAUGAUGAGAGGCCGAAUCUGAACUACAACACGGAAGACAGCCCCAUCGACUGGGACACAUCAGCCGCCUUCACGGAACGCUACAGCUUCAUAUCCGAGCUGUGGCGCGGUAAAUUCUCUAUCGUAGUCAAGGGCGUUGACAAAACUAACGACAACGUGGUCGUCGCCAAGAUUCUAGAGUGCCGUCCCGAAACAGAAGUCCAGAUUCAGAGAGAGUUCGAAUGCUUGAGGAGGCUCAGGCACGAAAGGAUAUCCAGUUUACUAGCGGCUUACCAAGCGCCUGGCUCUCCUGUGUCCGCGUUGAUCUUGGAGAAGCUGCAAGGAGCUGAUAUCCUCACAUACCUGUCUAGUCGUCACGACUACACGGAACAGAUGGUUGCCACCAUCGUGACGCAAAUCCUGGAUGGUCUUCAGUACCUGCAUUGGCGAGGGUACUGCCACCUCGACCUGCAGCCGGACAACGUCGUCAUGGCGUCAGUUCGCUCCAUCCAGGUCAAACUGAUCGACUUCGGCUCAGCACACAAAGUUACCAAACUGGGUACCAGUGUACCACAAGUCGGUGAUUUGGAAUACAAAGCGCCGGAGAUAAUAAACGACGAGCCAGCGUUCCCGCAGACAGACAUCUGGUCGCUGGGCGUCCUCACGUACAUCAUGCUAUCAGGCGUGUCCCCCUUCCGCGGCCAGAACGACCCUGAGACCAAACAGAACAUCUCCUUCGUGAGAUACCGGUUUGAGCAUCUGUAUAAGGAGAUCACCCAGGAGGCGACCCGGUUCCUGAUGUUCCUGUUCAAGAAGGUGCCGUUGAAGAGGCCGCUGACGGAGGAGUGCUACGAGCACCGGUGGCUGACACAGUCUGACUUCAUGAACAAAAAGCGCGAGCGAGCUGUCUUCCUCGGCAACAGGCUCAAGGAAUUCUCGGACGCGUAUCACGAGAGGAAGGCAUCAGAGGCGUCGCAAGCAGACACAGUGACCAAGGCGUUUGGACAAGUGUCGCCGCGGCUGCUGACGCGGUCCAACAGUAUUCAGGACGAGCUGCAAACCACCUUCUCAAGCCAUUAAACGACCAUACUAUAACAUACUUCACUCCCCGACAAGAGACAUUAUGUUGAAAUUUUGUUGUACCUAAAGUCUGAUUUUACAUGACAUAAACUCACUGACUAUUUCCCAAUUGGGAUUGGGCUAAGUCUGAUAUUACAUAAAAAAGUUGUAAAAAAGUUCAUGUAUUUGGGAGGCGACGUUUUUCAGUUUUACUUGUUAGAUGACUGAAAAAAGUUUAAUAUUAAUUGUACUUAUUAAUAUUAAACUUGUUACUACAAUAUAUAUUCAUAAAAAUCACUCUUCUUACAUUAUUCGUCGCCUUGUUGUCUAUUAAUAAUGUCCUCAAUACGAUAAUGCAUAAAGGGAAAUCGCGCAAUGUUUUGAACAGUACCUAUAUCAAAUUAAAAUGCAAUAUCAUAUAAAGUGAUAAUAAAGAUUUAUCAACAGACGAUGCGUCACAAAAGGAAAUAUUCUUUCUCUUGUCGGUCUGUAGCCACUUUGCAACUAAAUAUAGAAAUUAAAGUUAAUAAUAAUAUAUGUUCGGUUCGGGAUUGGUGUAGAAUUAACAAGUUUUAUAAUUAAGGCUGAAUUCUAAAGUAUCAUUGAGUUGCUAAGUGCCUACCAUCAAACAGAACACUAUACAUACUUCAUGAAACCAUGUACAUUUUGUAUAUCACCCGAAAAUCUAGUCAUAAUGGAGAUUUUGUUACGAAACUUUUGUUAUAUUGUUAAGUUAUUUAUUUAUUGUAUACAAUUUUUACUAUUUAUACUAAUUGGUACACUUGAUGCUCCAGUAUUAAGCGAUUAAUAAACGAGCAUUAAUUUAAUAAAA